AUGGCUCUGUCCCUGGCCGGCGAGCCGGUCCCCGGAGACGGCGGAGACGCGCUCGGGAUGAGCCCCGCCAGCCUCGCUCCCUACUACCCCGCGUUCCUCCCCCCCGCCCCGUACUUCGAGGCGGCCCCCGACCUCUUCCAGCCCGUGAAGUCCCUGGGCGGGCUGGUCCCCGCCUCCCCGUCUCUGCCCCCCUUCAGCUUCAGCAGGGUCCCCGCUUUCCUGAGCCAGCCGCCCCCCCCGCCCGCCGAGCCCUUCCCCGGCCUCCCCCUGCCCCUCUGCUUCAAGCCGCCGGCCCCCUUGCCCCCGCGGGAGGGCUCGUCCGGCGGGGCGGGGGCCCCGGGCUCGCCCCCGCGGUCCUUCCCGAGCCCCCCGCGCUGGGCUGCCCGCAGCCCGGGGGCCGGCGGGCCGGCGGGGCAGAGCUACAGGUACCACUUCACCGAGGAGGAGCUCAACGCGGUGCUGUACGGGGCGCUCCGGAGCAGCCAGCUGGCCGGGAGCCUCCACGCCAUCUCGGGGCUCCGGGUGUCCCCCGCCAGCCCGGGUGCUGCGGACUCCUCCUCCGCUCCGCCGCUCGACAGGGACUCGCUGCAGCUGCCCGAAGGGCUCUCGGUGCUGCGGGUGGCGUACGGGGACGUGUCCCAGCUCGGAGUCUUCUGCACGGACCCCAUCCCCAAAGGAGUCCGCUUCGGCCCUUUCCAAGGCAAAGUGGUCAACACCAGCGAGAUCAAGACUUACGACGACAACUCGCUGAUGUGGGAGAUCUUUGAAUACGGCCGCCUGAGCCACUUCAUAGACGGGAAGGGAGCCUCUGGCAACUGGAUGUCCCUGGUGAACUGCGCCCGCUUCCCCGAGGAGCAAAACCUGACGGCUAUCCAGUGCCAGGGGCAAAUCUUCUACGAGAGCUGCAAGGAAAUCUUGCCGAAGCAGGAGCUGCUGGUGUGGUACGGCGAUUGCUACGUGCAGUUCCUGGGCAUCCCCAUCAGCCUGAAGGGCAUGCCGGAGGGCAAGAGACCCCCGCAGCACCCCGAAGAAGCCGGGGAGAGCUUUAAGUGUGAGCACUGCGGCAAGGUUUUUGCCUACAAGUACUACCGGGACAAGCACCUCAAGUACACUCGCUGCGUGGACCAGGGGAACCGCAAAUUUCCUUGUCACCUUUGUAACCGAUCCUUUGAAAAAAGAGACAGGCUGAGGAUCCAUAUUCUCCACGUUCACGAAAAGCAUAGACCUCACAAGUGCUCUGUAUGUGGGAAGAGCUUUUCUCAGUCCUCUAGCCUGAACAAACACAUGAGGGUUCACUCCGGGGAGCGCCCCUACAAAUGUGUCUACUGCAACAAGGCAUUCACGGCAUCCAGCAUCCUGCGCACUCACAUCCGCCAGCACUCAGGGGAGAAGCCCUUCAAGUGCAAGCACUGCGGCAAAGCCUUCGCCUCGCACGCAGCCCACGACAGCCACGUGCGGCGCACGCACAGCAAGGAGAAGGGCUGCACUUGCUCGGUGUGCGGCCAACACUUCCCGGAGCAGGAGGAUUACCACUUCCACAUGAAGAUUCAUGCCGCUCAUUAG